CUCGCAAACGUCCUCGCGCGCGCGCGGGCUGGGCUAGGGGCGCGGCUGCGGAAACUACCCCCUGAUAGGCCGCGAGCGCAGCUCGCCCUGGGGCCCGGGCUCCGCUCCCGGAGCAGCCGGGAGACGCGGGAGUCGGGACUCGCGUCCCGGAAGCUGAUGUGGCAGCUGUAGCCAUGUGGUCAGCUGAUGAAGUUGCUGGUCUGUGCUACACACAUUAUAGCACCAAGCUUCCUAAGCAGGGGAAGCCGGAUCCUAACCGGGAGUGGACUUUACUGGCAGCUGUGGUUAAAGUGGAGUCUGCACCUGAAAGAGAGGCUUGCCUUAAUGUUGGGAAUCUGCAGGUAACUAAGGAAGUUGUUGCUAUGGGGACUGGAACUAAAUGCGUUGGCCAUACAAGAAUGAGGAAAACUGUAAUGUUGGAUUAUUUAAUUUUUUUGGAUGCUGCUGCAGGGGAUAUUCUCAACGACAGUCAUGCUGAAGUCAUUGCCAAGAGGAGUUUCCAGAGGUAUCUCAUCCACCAGCUGUGGCUGGCAGUCUCACACCAACAGGGCAGCAUCUUCAGCCCAGGGACUGAGAUUGGGAAAUGGAAACUCAAACCACACAUCACCUUUAUUUUUUUCUGCAGCCAUACCCCCUGUGGAGAUGCCUCCAUUAUUCCAAUGACCAAACCAGAGGAUCAGCCUUGUGAGGUGGUUAGUAGAAAAGAUCCAACAAGUAAUUCAGCAGAUUGCAGUGGCAACUAUGAUCCUGUGGGUCCAGAAAAUAAAAGGAAAACAGAGGAAACUGCAAGUGAUCAUGUGACCAAGAGAAUGAAAACUGUCAUCAGUGAUUCUGCAUGUGAGGUCACUGAGAGAAUAGCUGUGCAGUAUGUUCCUGGCAAUCAACAAAAUGUACAAGACACAGAUACCAGCCGCUCUGAAUUUAUUACAGAUGGACAAAGAGAGAUCUUAACGUGUGCUAAGGAGACCGGACUAAUAGGAGCCACAGUGAUGGAUGUUUAUAGAACCGGAGCAAAGUGUGUGCUGGGAGAGAGGGAUGAUGCUCGGAGACCAGGGGUAGAAUAUCAUCAUGUUGGGUUACUACGAGUGAAGCCAGGCCGUGGAGACAGGACCUGCUCCAUGUCCUGCAGUGAUAAACUAGCUCGCUGGAAUGUACUGGGCUGUCAAGGAGCCCUCUUGAUGCAUUUCCUACAGCACCCGGUGUAUCUCUCAGCGAUUGUAGUGGGGAAAUGCCCAUAUAGCCAAGAGGUCAUGCAGAGAGCAGUUAUUGAAAGGUGUCAGCACAUCUCAUUUUUACCUCGUGGUUUCCAUGUUCAAGAGGUGAAAAUGUUGCAGUCAAAUCUUCAGUUUAAACAUAGCCGCCAUGCAAUUCAGACAGCUCACGCUAAUGGCAAAGCAAAGCUUGUUCCUUGUGGUGCAGCUAUCAGCUGGAGUGCUGUCCCUGAGCAACCUCUAGAUGUCACCUCAAAUGGCUUCAAGCAGGGAACAACAAAGAAAGGAAUCGGAAGUCGCCAGACCAGGUCCCGGAUCUGUAAGGUGGAACUUUUCCAUGUAUUCCAAAGGCUGAUGGCUAAUAUUUCACAAGAGAAUCUGCCAGAAUCUCUCAGCAGAUACACAGAUACGAGUGUCUCUGAUACAGGCUAUGCAAGCUUAGUGUGUACAGCAGGGGGACCUAGCUCUCCACUCAGCCUGCCCUGCUGCUUUCCUGCUACCGACCAAAACACUAUAGCAGGUAACUUCAAACCACUAUUCCCCCUCCACUUCCCCUUCACGCCAUCCUUCACAACAUAGUCUCUUCCUUUGCUCUGGGCUCUGACUCAGAGUGGACUUUUUCUAUUGAUUUCCAAGCUGUCAAACCGUCCCUCCUCACUCUCAUUUGUUUACUGCCUUUCUCACCGAUUCCAUCUGUCUGCCUCCCCAACUCCUUUUCUUCUGCGUUCAAGUGCAUUCUGUUAUCCCCUACCUCACGCUCCCUAGACUCCACUUGCUUACAGCCAUCAGUCCAUCUUCUCUUCCUCCUCCUCACUUUGCCUCCUAAGUUCCUGCCUUCAUUUCUCUGAUUCUCUUCUUGAUCCCUUGCAAUCUGCCCCCUUUACUCCAUUGACACAUCUUUUUCCAAAGUCACCAACUGCCUCCUCUGGGCCAAGUCCAUGGGUCCCUUGUCUGUUCCCAGGUCUUUCUGUUACUUAUGAUGAUUGAUCAGUCCGUCCUCCCUACCAGCAUCUACUUCUUGGUCUUUGGGACUCCUUGCCAUCCUGGUUCACCUAUCUCUUCAGCUGUACUCUCCUUUCUCUUCCCCUCUCCGCCUCUCGCCUGGGU